UUCCAAGUUCCACGUAAGUGACAGCACGCAUCAGAUAACACAUAACCUGUACCGUGUUCGCGACCGCCUUUAUUUUCCGGGUAGUCUUCUUCGCAUAAGUUUCGCUAUUAAAGUUUCGUUUGCUAUAAUUAACUUUCAAAAUGGUGUCCGUUUUAAAUACCGUCGAUACCGGCCACGAGGACAUGAUUCAUGAUGCAGAAAUGGAUUAUUAUGGUUUGAGGUUAGCUACUUGCUCGAGCGACAACACGGUAAAGAUAUUUGACUUGAAGAACGGCUCUCAGAGCCUGGUUGCCGUUCUCAAGGGACACAUCGGCCCUGUGUGGCAGGUCGCGUGGGCUCACCCGAAAUUUGGCAAUCUCUUGGCAUCUUGUAGCUAUGACAGAAAGGUAAUUAUUUGGAAAGAAUUGGGAGAAUGGACCAAGAUAUAUGAGCACAAUGGUCAUGAUUCCUCCGUCAACUCGGUUGCAUGGGCGCCGCAUGAGUUCGGUCUGAUCCUGGCCUGUGGAAGUUCAGAUGGGUCAGUUUCUAUUCUCGCGAACACCGGAGAUACAUGGCAGAUGCAGAAAAUAACGAACGCUCAUACGAUUGGUUGUAACGCAGUCUGUUGGAGUCCAGCAGUCGACUUAGGUACCGAUUCCAAUAUGACUCAACAGAAGAACGAUCCUGUUAAACGGUUAGCUACUGGUGGUUGUGACAACUUGGUGAAGAUAUGGAAGGAAGAUGGCGAUAGAUGGAUAGAAGAAAAUAAAUUGGAAGCACAUAGUGAUUGGGUUCGCGAUGUAGCCUGGGCACCAGCAGUCGGCCCAUCUCGCGCCACUUUGGCGUCUUGCUCGCAAGAUCGCCGCAUUGUCAUAUGGACUUCUAAUGAUUAUACUAGCUGGACACCGAAAGUUCUUAAUGUCUUCGAUGAUGUUAUCUGGAAUAUCGGCUGGUCGUUGACAGGAGGUAUCUUAGCAGUCUGUGGUGGAGAUAACAAAGUUUCCCUUUGGCGCGAAAAUUCGGAAGGACAGUGGGCAUGCAUCUCGGAGUUGAAUCAAGAUCAAGGAAAUCUUAAUAAUCCAGAUCAACGCGCGUAAUAUCGUUUCAACAUGUAAAAUAAUAUAUAAUAAGGGUGCAAAUAAGUAUUGUAAAAUAAUACAAUUUGUUUGAUA